ACUCGUACAUGUCUUUACAUCAGAAGUUUCCUGUCGAGUGCAGGAUACAUAUAUAUACACACACACAUGUUGCUCAACACCAAUACCGAUUGAUUUCAUUCUGAGUUCAUUUCAUUAUAUUCUUCAAUCUCAAAUUGCUUUACGAAAAGGUCUUUUUAGGGCUUCAAUUUGUGUGUGUAAUCAAUCAUCAAUGGGUGUAACAACCGAGACUGCUUUACAGUUCGCACCAAUGGUAGUUGUAUCGGAAACAGCCAGAUUCAAAACCCCUCUCAAACGCCUUCAAAAUACCCUACAAAUAUGUCUUCAUUCAAAUAAACUCAUCCGCUUGAACAACGGCCACGUCAAAUUCUUCCACACCCAAUUGCACCUGAAAGCUGAUGAUUUAGAAGACAAACUGCUUCCAGCUUCUACCACUGUUGGCUUCAACCGGAAUCUUGAAGAGUUGACUUUGGAGGCAAGUAGUCAAAAUUACUCACUACCAGAGUCCAUUAACAGAAUGGACCAACUUAAGGUUUUAACUAUAAAAGGAAAUUGUGAUCAUCCUUCUAAGCUGCAUAACCUUUCAUUCAUAGCGUCUUUACCCAAUCUAACAACUAUAAAAUUCGAGCACGUGUCGGUUCCCUCUCUUCAGCCCAUCUUUGCAUUGAGGAAUUUGAAACAACUUUCCUUUGUUAUGUGUGAGAUUGGUAAUGCUUUGAAGAGUUUUACCCGUAUCUCAUCUUGUAACAUGCUACCGAAUCUCACACAUCUCGAAUUCGAUAUGUGCUAUGAUCUCAAACAACUGCCAUCAUGGAUUUGUAAUCUAGCUCAUCUCCAGAAGCUAAGCAUCACCAACUGUCAUGAGCUUGAUGCUCUUCCUAAAGAGUUGGGGUGUUUGUCAAGUCUUGAAAGCUUGAAUCUGCAUAGCUGCACGAAACUACAGGGAUUGCCUGCUUCGAUUGGAAGUUUGCGUAGUUUGAAUUACAUUGAUAUAUCUGAUUGUUUGAGUAUAAGUGUGCUGCCUGAAGAAAUAGGUGAACUGUGUGGCCUGCAAGUGCUUAAGAUGAACGGUUGUACGGGACUGCAAGAAUUGCCAUUGUCCACGAGUGAAUUGUCGCAGUUGGACGAAGUGAUAUGUGAUGAAGAGACGUCGUAUAUGUGGAUGGAUUUUGAGAGUGAGAUUGCUAAUUUGAAGAUUAACGUUGUUGAAGAUGAUAGAUUAGAAACUUAUAUGAAAAUUGUGCAGUAAGCUUCAUAUAAGUACCUGUGUAUAUUUAUACUUUUUAUUACUUCCUUGUAGGAAGAAAAAUGUAACAUAGUAAUCUCUGUUUAUCAAUCUGUAUUUAUUUUUAUACUGUCUAUGCUACAUGUAGUUAGUUGA